AUGUCAGUUCCGGGUUCUGAGGGUGAGCUCCCCUCGCUACCUACCAGUAUUCCUUUCUGGCGUCUGGUCUUUGACCAAAAGGUCAUCACCGAAGAAGUCGCUCGAUUUCCCUAUUCAGGUUCCGGCACUGAAGAUGAUCCCUACGCUGUUAGCUGGCUACCGCGCGAUCCUCGCAACCCCAUGAACUUCAGCAGUUUCAAGAAAUGGUUCAUCACAUUCCUCGUCUCGUUUAUUACGCUCGCAGUCGCCUUGGUAUCAUCCGCAUAUUCCGGUGGCAUAAGUCAGAUUGUUGAGCACUUCCGCGUGUCAGAAGAGGUCGCUAUCCUCGGAGUGUCACUCUUCGUUCUAGGAUUUGCUAUUGGACCACUAUUCUGGGCACCGCUCAGUGAGAUUUUUGGUCGUCGCCAUAUCUUUACUAUCACUUAUGCUUUUUUGACUGCGUUCAAUGCCGGCGCCGCAGGUGCUCAGAAUAUGCAAACGUUGAUCAUUCUUCGGUUCUUAGCCGGCUGCUUCGGUUCCUCACCCUUUGGAAAUGCAGGUGGUACCAUCGCCGAUAUGUUCCCUGCCUCCCAACGCGGUAUCGCCAUUAGCUUUUUCGCCGCCGCACCUUUCCUUGGUCCAACCAUCGGUCCUAUCAUUGGAGGCUUCCUUGCUUCUGGUGCUGGGUGGCGCUGGGUUGAGGGAUUCCUGGCUAUAUUCUCUGGAGUCUUAUGGCUAUGCGUUAUCUUCCUCCUGCCCGAAACAUACGCACCAGUACUCCUCCGUCGACGAGCCGCAAAGCUAUCUGAGAUGACUGGAAAAGUAUAUCGCAGCAAGCUUGAUAUUGAGCGCGGACCUACACCAAUGGGAAAGACAAUCACAACUGCCUUAUCGCGUCCUUGGAUCCUGUUGUUCCGAGAGCCGAUCGUGUUCUUAUUCUCUAUUUACAUGGCGAUCAUCUAUGGUACCCUCUACAUGCUCUUCGCCGCCUACCCAAUCGUGUUCCAGGAAGUCCGUGGUUGGAGUGAGGGCAUUGGUGGCCUUGCUUUCUUAGGAAUCUUAGUCGGCAUGGUUGUCGCCGUUAUGUACACCUUCCCAGAGAACAUGCGAUACCAAAAGAAAUGCAGCCAAACAACCGAUCGCCUCGCACCUGAGGUACGACUUCCGCCUAGUAUGGUAGGAGGUGUUGCACUUCCAAUCGGAUUAUUCUGGUUUGCCUGGACAAACUCACCAAGCAUCCACUGGAUGGUAUCUAUCGCUGCAGGUGCUCCAUUCGGAUUUGGAAUGGUACUUGUUUUCCUCAGUGUUUUCAACUACCUCAUUGAUUCAUAUACUAUCUAUGCCGCCUCGGUUCUAGCUGCAAAUGCGGCACUGCGCUCCCUCUUCGGCAUGGCUUUCCCAUUGUUCACUACAUACAUGUAUGCCAACCUUGGUAUCCACUGGGCGUCAUCUAUUCCUGCAUUCCUUUCGCUUGCAUGCGUGCCAUUCCCUUUCAUUUUCUACAAGUACGGAGCCCAGAUUCGCCAGCGUUGCACCUUUGCCGCUGAAGCGGAUGCCUUUAUGCGCCGCCUUGCCGAGAAGAACCAGCAGCAGACUCGACCAGUACCGGCCGAAGAGAAGGAGACAGAGAUCUCGGAUCCAGAGACAGCUGUUGUGGACGAUGUCAGUGAUAGUGAGAGUGUGUCAACUGUGCCUUCACGCAUCAGCAUCGGUCGCCGUGCAUCUCGUGCAUCACGGAGUUCUCGACACUCUGGACGAUCAAUGCAUCGUGUCCCCACUGCGACACAAUACGAAGAGAAUCCUUAUGAUUUGGAUUUAGUUAAUACCCGACAGUCGGCUAUCAGUGGACAUCGGGAGGAUUGA